AUGCCCGCGUACCUCUCAGAUACACUGCUGCGACUGAAGCGGGAGGCUGCGAUGCAGGAGGAGGCCGAUGAAAUCACCACAGCAGCGGACGAGGCUGCAGGGUCGGCAAUGGAGACUGUUACCAAAGCAGCACCCAAAAAUGGUAUUGACAAAAUUAUGGACGAAGCAUUACAUGAAUUAGAAAAACUACCAAUAUGGGCAAUCAUAUUAAUAUGCGCUGGAGUCUUGCUUUUCUUGGUCUGUGGGACGUAUUGUUGCUGCAAACGUAUAUGCAGGAGGAGAAAGAAGAAGGAUGGCAAAAAAGGGCUCAAAGGAGCUGUCGACCUCAAAAGUGUACAGUUACUGGGCAACUCUAUCAAAGAAAAGGUGCAGCCUGACUUGGAGGAACUGCCAAUGAACAUGGAAGACAAUGAAGAUGCCGAAAGUACAAAAUCCGAAGUAAAAUUAGGGAAACUUCAAUAUUCUAUGGACUACGAUUUUCAGAAAGGCGAGCUAACAGUCAACGUGAUACAGGCUGCCGACCUACCAGGGAUGGAUAUGUCUGGGACAUCUGACCCAUAUGUCAAAGUCUAUCUAAUGCCCGACAAAAAGAAGAAAUUUGAGACAAAAGUCCAUCGGAAAACACUCAACCCAGUAUUUAAUGAAUCGUUCACUUUUAAGAACGUUCCCUAUGCUGAUAUUACGGGUAAGACACUUGUGUUUGCGAUCUACGACUUUGAUCGCUUUUCGAAACAUGACCAAAUUGGUCAAGUCCAAGUGGCAAUGAACUCAAUAGAUCUUGGAUCGGUCAUAGAAGAGUGGAGAGAUCUAACUAGCCCGGAUAAUGAUGCUGAGAAGGAGAACAAGCUGGGUGACAUUUGUUUCUCAUUGCGAUAUGUUCCAACUGCUGGUAAACUGACCGUUGUCAUCCUUGAGGCUAAAAAUCUAAAGAAAAUGGAUGUUGGUGGACUAUCAGAUCCUUAUGUUAAGAUAUCGUUGAUGCUAAAUGGCAAGAGAAUUAAGAAGAAGAAAACCACUAUCAAGAAGUGCACACUGAAUCCAUACUACAAUGAGUCAUUCACGUUUGAAGUCCCGUUCGAACAAAUACAGAAAGUAUCCCUCUAUAUCACGGUGGUCGACUAUGAUCGCAUUGGGACUUCUGAACCAAUCGGACGAACCUUCCUGGGUUGUAAUUCAACUGGUACUGAACUGCGUCAUUGGAGUGAUAUGUUAGCCAAUCCUCGUCGGCCAAUUGCACAAUGGCACACGCUACAGGAGGUGCCUGAAAAAAAUUAA